ACUUAUUCGUAAGAAAAAUUAACGGUCCUUUUGGUGGGGUUUGCAGUCCUGGGAUGUACAGUCCUGAGAUGGGCGAAAAGAUGUAUUCAUGAAGUAUCUACACUCAAUAAAAUGCGUCUCGGAGGUCAGAAUGAGCACUGUAUGGACGGUUGCCGCGAAUUUGUGGCUGCUGGCAUUGGGACUGGAAACCCGAGCGGAGUUGGGACCGUCAAUUUCUCGACUCGAAGCUGCAGCCGUCAGAAUUUCGCGGAGAACCGCACACUUUGUGCGCGUGGCCCAGUGGGAUCAGCACGUUUGGACUGGAAAAUUGACGGUCCUCAGUUUGACCGCUCGACAUCGGCUAAUUUACGGACAGAAUCUGUAAACCGUAAGAACUCAGCAAGACGAUGGACUGGGAACAACACCAAUGAUCCGGACGACAAUUCCGGGAGCGAGCCAUCUAAACAGAAAAUCUACAGAGGGGUAGCUACCCCUCCACAGAUUGGCAGAUUUACAGACGAGUGCGAGAGCAACCGUUUGACAGGCGUUGACAGCUACCUUCCAAAUCCAGCGCGGCUAUUCGGCUAAGGCACUGAGGAUUAACAGAAAUUUGUCUGUAAAACCUUACGGGAAGUCACCCACUUACCAGGACUCCGCACGGUGGCGAAACAUCGUGCAAGCUCUCUGCAGCGCGAUCGCACCGCAGGAAGCGCUUCGGAAGCUCAGCGAAACUACAUUUUCGACCGCUCUACCUACGCCGACCGUCCCCAGAAUUUUCCGUCCACAGCUCGUCCCAGACGCGACUCCUUCGAACCACCAGCUCCGCCAGACGCGCCUCCUCCGCUUUUAGCAACGCUUAGGUAAUCCAGUGCAGGACCGUCAAUUUCCCCGUGAUCAGCUCCACUUCG